GCCUCAUUUAUUGAGAUAUGGAAGGACAGCUAUGAUCCUAUAUUUUGGCAUCGACUUCAUUAUUAGCGUAAAAAUGCUUGUAGGAAAAGCAUCACUGGCUAGCUACCGGGACUGGCAUCGACAAAAUUUGUACACACCCGAGAAUUUUUUUGAGCAAUGACAUGGCUCUGGUGCAAUGUUAGGCUAUAUUCGCGAGCAAUUCCCAACGAACCUAUGCAAACUCGGACUUCGACUUUAUUCGUCGUCUUCAAAGAAAUGGCUUUCUCGGCAAUCUAACGACAUGUUUGUGCGAGAUGCACGCGCCCAACAAUAUCGGGCUCGGUCCGCCUUCAAAUUAAUACAGCUGAACGAUAAACAUAGGUUCUUGAAACGGAACGCCAACGUCAUUGAAUUAGGUGCAAGCCCAGGUGGAUGGACUCAAGUCAUUGCAGAGAAAGUAUUCAAAGGAAAGCAGAAGCUAUCUGAAGAAGAAACGGAUGUUACAUCCAAAACUGGGGGGACUGUCAUUGCUGUCGAUUUGUUACCCAUGGAGCCAAUUCCGGGGGUAAGCAUACUUGAAGGCGACUUUCUCGCAGAACCAACUCGACAGAGCAUAAUGAAGAUUCUUGAUGGUAAAGCAGUAGAUGUUGUUCUAUCGGAUAUGGCACCAAGCUUUUCUGGUCACCACAUGGCUGACCACGCAAGAUCCAUGGAACUCUGUGAGUACGCGUUGGCUUUUGCUACAGAUAUUUUAAAAAAAGAUGGAGUUUUUGUCUGCAAGUUCUUCAUGGGAGGAAGCGAACAAGAUUUCAGGCAACUUCUUCGAAAACAUUUUGAAACAGUAAGACACGAAAAGCCAAAAGCAUCACGCAAAGAAUCAACGGAAGGAUUUUUCGUUGCCAUGGGGUUCCGUGGGCAAAUAGAAUAGCCAGCUCUUUUAGAUGGCUUUGAAGUUUUGCCAGUAUCCUGUUAUUUGCCAACACAUUCUGUACCAUAUCUCAUUUCAUAUUUCGCACUAUUUAUUAGAGAGAAUUAGACACUUGACUUCACUUGUAUAAAAGCAUUUGCAUUUCGUUAUGUACAGGGUCGUUGAAAGAUAUCCUUAUAAGCUGCAAUGAGCAGCCCCUAUAGUAUAGUGUUUGCCAAACCAUCCCACCUCCUUUGUUUAAUAAAUCGUUCUAACAAAAGAGCAUAAAAUUGGAUUACUGCAAAGCAAAAUCCUUUUAUGUAGGUAGCACUGCUUUGGCAUCUGAAUAGAUGUUAUCUGAGAGAUCAGUGUAUAAAUGAAAG